AUGCCCCAUUCAAAUAACGCUACCGCAUCACUCUCCCUUUCACAACAAUUAGCAUCACCUAUAUCGAUACUCCCAAUUCGAGAUCACACUGAACCUUCACCACAAUUACCACCACCAUUAUCAUCUUCAUCCUUGCAGAAACUAACCUUGAAUAAUGGCGAAGAGUUUGGAUCAAUAAGAAGAGAACUAGCAACUGAUGCCAAAACCCCUGCAGAAUACACUUUACAUAUUGUGUUCACCCAAUUUGUUCGUCAUGCCGAAAGGAAAUUGAAUUUGUGUCUUGAAUAUCCUAUAAUGGAAGAACCGCCAAUACUAGACUUGAUAGCAGAAGGAGUAGACCCACAGUUUGACAAGAUUGUUGCCUCGUUAGGAUACAUUGCUCGACGCAAACCUAAACCCGUCAUUGAUAGUGUUAUGUUUUGGAGAAAGAGUAAGAAUGAGGUGGCUACCAUGGCAGCUAAUGAAGUUGAACGAACCUUGGCUAUUGCCAAAGCUAAUUUAAUCAAAGUGAAAUCAGCAACUAGCAGUAGUGUGGUAAGUCCAGAAAAUCCAGGAAUUGUCAAGAAUGGAAAUAAUGCUGGGCGGUCCAAAAGAAGCUUAUCACUCAUGAGAACCAAAAGCCUUUCUAAGUUAAGUCACCGUCGAAACCAAUCGGCAUCUCUGGCUCCUCCGAAACAACCACAGUUACCCACUGAAGCAGAUAAUGAAUUCAUGAAACAGAAAUAUUUCUAUGAUGAACAAAUCAAUCAAGCUAGAGAAACGGCUAUUCAAGCCGAUAGGAAAUCACUUGCUUCCAUCUAUAUCCUUUGUCGAGUGCUCAUAGAAGUGGUAAAACAAACCUCAUUUGAAGUCAUGGGCGAAGACCUCGGCGAUAAACUUGAAGAGAUAGUGUAUACCCAAUUGAAAACUACCGAUCCAAUAACCACAAGUCAAUCAUUUGUGCGAGCAGCUAAUUGGAAUUUGUUUGCCGAAUUAUUAGGAUUCAUGUCUGAACGUAGAUUCUUAAGUGUCAGUGAUCGCUUCAUUGCCGAUUUGGAAAAGAUCCCCAAACUGAUUAAACACGAAGAUGAGCCUAAAUUGCAUUUAUUAAUUAAUGGUAUGAGAUACUUGAAAUUGACGAAUUACCCCUUGGAAGUAUUUGAAGAGUCGGCCGAGUUUGUCAAAUCAUUGGCCAAGUUCUUUGAUCAAUCAACCAACGAAACCAUCUUGUAUGCGUAUUGUGAAGUAUUGAGUAAAUUAUUGUUACCAUUGGCAAAUAUCCUUACUGCAGAGGCAAACCAUCCAACAUGGGUCGAAGGAAUAGAGCGAAUUUAUGCCAAAGCUUAUAGGAUUUGGAGGCAUGUAACUAGAGGAAAUACAGGAACUGCUACUUCCACUACACCAACAUCCUCCUCGUCCUCCUCCUCUUCUUCAAUAUCAUGGCCAACUUUGCAAUCAACUACCAUUGAAAUAACAAAUAAUGGCUGGGCGUACUCAUUAUAUCUUGUUACAUCAGCACUUUCGGUCUCCCGCAAGGAAUUAUUCUCAGAUGUAUGGUAUCGAGUAAUUGAAGAUAAUAAUUUUAAACUCAAGCCUAAGGUAGAAGUUGAAGAUAAAACGACUUAUAUCAUUUGUAUAUCACGAUUAUUGUGGGUUUAUAUUAACAGAUUACCAGAUUCUUUAAACAACACUAUAAAGCGUCUAGAUGGAUUUUUUGAAAUGUUGCUAUUCAACAGUGUAGCCACAUCCAAGAAGAAUCAAUGGAUAACCAAUGACAAGUUCUUGAUUAGCUCACUUGUGGAAUUGGUUAGAAUUGUGGGAUAUACCCAUUUAAAUUACACGUUGGAUAAUGUAUUGAUCCGUCUUUUGAAGCUUAGUUUUAAUGGAACUACUUUGGAUAAUCUAAUGCCUGAGAAGGUGGUAUUAGUAAUCAAGAGUUAUUUGGCAAUUUUGAGAAAUUAUGAACUAGGUGAAAAACCAGCUUUCCCAACUGAUGAAAUAUUCAAUAGUGGAUUUAAUGACGAUGAUAGCAACAAUAAGAAUAACAACGAUAACAAUAACAAUGAGGAUGAAAUGAAUAGAUUAAAUGAAUUUACAUUUAUUGCCAAGAAUAGCACCAAUCUGGCAUCUCAUGAAGAGAUUUGCCGUAAUUUGGGUAACUUGUUGAAAUUAUUGGAUAAUCAAUUUGGAGCAGAUGUAUGGGGAACAGGAACUACCAAUCUUAACAGUAUUAGUUCAACUUCAAGUGAACUGGCUCCACCCCUUCUUUCAGCCAAGUCGCAAUCAUCAUUUAGUUUCCAUUUCAAUUUAGACUCAACUACUCAAGCAAACACCAAAGCACUCAAUAUAGAAUUAUUUGCAUCUGUUAUUGAAGCUAUUCCAUGGACCAUGACUGAUUCUAAUACAUGUGGCAUACCAUUCAAACAUAUUGUUGAUAUUUUGACUAGAAGUGCCGUGCAUUCCAAUCAUAAAGUUCUGAGAGCAGCAAUUGUGGCAUUGAAGAAAUUGGCAUCAAGAAGAAACCCAACCAGAAGAUUAUUGACUAUUUAUGCUCAACAUGCAUUCCAAUUUAGUGAAAAGAUUGGCGGUGGUGUACCUUAUGAUCCAGCAUAUUUGAAUUCAAAUGAAUACAUAAGAUUGUUGAAAUUGUAUGUUGAAUUGUUGGCAUGUUGGUUGAAACUGUUUCAAAUCAGUCAACGAGAAAACAAUAAGCUCCACAAAAACCCACUUGCUCAAGAUGACGAAUUAAUGAAUAAAGACGUGUUGAAUGAUUUAUACCAGAUCAACCACAAAACUGAGGAAUUACCAAUUGCACCUAAACCACUGCUGGUUAGUGACGAGUUGGAAUGGCAGACUAUUAUUGCCUUGAUUGAAGAAGUUGAGGGACAUGGAUUGUUUUUCCUUUGUUCCCAAGAGCCCAAGAUUAGGUAUUAUGCCAUCUCUAUUUUGAAAUUGAUGGAACUGUUUGACCAGGCGAUCUAUACCAUUAUGGAUGAACCAGCUGCCAAUGUUGUAGCAGCAGCAGCCUCAUCAUCAUCAUUAUUAAUAGGGGCCAAGAAGUUACAUUCAAGAAGUUCAUCCAAGUUUGCUGCUGAUGUUGGCACAAGAUUGAUACAUGUUUUGGAAAAUGCUGAUUUCUUAGAAUUGAUUAAGCCAUAUAGAAAAGAAUUGAGUUUACCCGAACGUACCCGUUUAACCAAGAUCAAAAACAAGAAAAAUAUAUUAAUUAGAUUGGCUGAAUCUGACUAUGGUAUUGACUCGACUAUAUGGUUUAGAUUGUACCCAAAACUUCUAGAUAUAUUUUUUGAGAAAUGUCCCAUGCCCGUGGCUGUUUGUCGUAAUAUUGUCUGUGUCAGUUUAGUACAGAUGCAUGAACUGAUUUUGGAAUAUUCAGAAAGUUAUCGUGGUUAUACAAGUUCAUUAUUUGGAAAGCCGAGCCCCAACAGCAUCCUGCCUGAAUUGUUGGUCUACCAAUGGAAAUUAUAUUUGAUAUUUGCAUGUUGUUCAUUAACUUCGACCAAUGAUCAAAAAAUCUCAUUUCCAAGCCAACCAACCCAUGGUCGUAAGAAAUCGUUGCAGAUAUAUAUCCAACAUCAAAAGAUCACCAGCGCCAAAUCGGUAUUCAGAAUGGUGCUUCCACUACUUAAAUCACCACAGUCCAUGGUUCGUGAUGCCGUAAUUUCGGGGUUAAGCCAUAUCAAUAUCAAUAUUUUUGAUACAUUCCUUGAAAAUAUUCCUCAGAAUGAUUGGAAUCCAGAUCCAAAGAAGCGUGAUGUAGGACAAGACAGGUUAAACAUUGAAGUUAUUCACAUAUUGAUGAAUUUGACGGAGAGAUUUGCUAACAGUACAUUGAUUUACCAUAAUAAAUUGAUCAUGACUAAAUUGGUUUCCAUAGUUAAGAAUGUUAAGAAUUUCCUAAGUGCAGGUUCCAUCCAGACCGAUUUUGAAUUCCAGAGACUAAGAAGGUAUUUUUGCGGGUUUUUAGAGAAUGUAUACACGGGGUGUUUGCUGGUUUCUGAUGUCAACAAAUGGCUUCCAUUUGAAGCAAGAAUCGGGUGUUUCAACUAUUUGAAAGAAUGGAGCGGGUAUGGCCAAUCAAGCGGGAUCACUGAAGAUAGAUAUAACCUCAUACUUAGCAAUAUUAACCAACAAAUGUCAAAAGAUAAAGCGUCAGCAGUGGCAAUUUUGGAACUUGAACGGAAACGACUUCAGACUGCUGCAUUGAGUUGUAUGGCGGUCUUGUGCUCGGGUGAGAUUAAACAAAAAAUUGAAGUUCCUGGGAAUUUGGCCGUGGUUACAUUUGAUAUUCCAGGAAUUAUGAAUUGGAUUCGUGCAUUGUUUGAUUCAGAUGGGGAUCGCAUCAAUGAGAUUGGUAAGACUGCUUUGAACAAUAUAUUGGAAAGGAAUUUCGAUAAUACUGAGGUGUAUGAUGAAGUUAUCAAACAAUGUUUCCUGAGCGAGGAUAAUGCUAGGAUAACCAAGAGUUAUUUCUGUAUUUUUGUUGAUGUAUUUAUUAAGAAACAUGUGGUUAGCCUGGGUGAAGAUCAGAUUCCUUAUGAUUUGGUUUGUCUUGCUGCAUUUUUGGUUGGGCAUGAAAGUAUUGAAGUACGGAGAUCGGCAAUGAUGCUAUUGAAAUUUGUCGAACAAACCCACUUUAAAUCAAACACCUUAGAUAAGUUUACCGAAGCAGUUAGUAGCAAGACUCAAGUGGUUUAUAAACGAGCCUUAUUUGAUAUAAGUACCCAUUUAAAGUUAUUGAACCCAGAAACCAUAUUCCAGAGAACCAGUUAUAUGACCAAAUAUUUUAAUCUGGUGGGAAGUGCAUCAAGAAGAGAUAUAUUGUCAUGUUUGUUACCAUGGGUUCAAGAUAUUGUGUUGAAAUACGAGGAAACAAAUGAAGGAGAUGAUUUAAACAACAAUUCAGCUCCAUCGAAAUUGGAUGAUGCCAGUAUAAUGGUUUUGAAUAAUCUAUUUGAAAUUACUGUCAAGUUUAGUUCUAAAAUUUCCAACGAAGUUGAAGCAUUGUGGGUGUCAUUAGGGAACAAUGCUUUAAACUUUGAUAAGAUUAUUGAGUUUGUAAUGUCAAAUUGUUUACAGAGGAAAAAUCCAUUGUUUGUUCAGUAUUCUCGCCAGAUUAUAGAUUACUUGACCUAUUCCCGAGCUGACCCAUUGUAUGUUAUUGAAAAAUUUAUCAACAAUUUACAACCCAAGAUGAUGGUUCCUCCACAAUCACAAACAACAAUGGAAGAUCCUAUAAGAUUAAGAGGAGAUAAUUCAUUCCCAUAUGUUGCCGAUUUAAGUAAGGUAGUUCCUCGGAAUGAAAAGGAUGCCGUGUUCUCAUUAGGUCAAUUGUCACUUAUAUUUUUGGUUGAUUUGUUCACGGUUAAGAAUGACAUUAUGAUUGAGAAAUUACCAUUGUUACUUCAUAUCGGGUUUUCAUUAUUGGAUCAUUACUUGGUAGUUGUUCAAGAACUGGCAAAAUCGCUUUUGGUGCAUUUGAUCCAUGCUCUUGCAUUUGAUGCUCCAGGUGCCACUCAAUGCAUUGAAACAUUAAGACAGAAGGACCAUAUUAAACAUCUUUGGGUCUAUGACGAUUUAAAUAAUGACAAGAAAGGAGCACGUACCCCUAAGAAUAUGGAUAUAUUAGUUAGGAACGUAUUGCAAGUAUUUGUACAAGUAGCUCCAAAUAUUCAAGAUGAUUGGAGUAGAGUAUCGUUGAAAUGGGCCACCACUUGUGCAGUAAGACACAUUGCCUGCAGGUCUUUCCAAUUAUUCAGAUCGUUGUUGUCAUUUUUGGAUCAAGGAAUGUUGAAGGAUAUGUUGCAUAGAUUGUCCAACACAAUCUCAGAUGAAAUUGUUGAUAUCCAGGGAUUUGCUAUGCAGAUUCUCAUGACAUUGAAUGCAAUCACUGCCGAGUUGGAUUCUGAGAAGUUGAUUGAUUUCCCACAGUUAUUUUGGUCAAGUGUUGCCUGUUUGAGUACGAUUCACGAACAAGAAUUUAUUGAAGUGUUGUCUACGAUGAGCAAGUUUGUAUCCAAGAUUGAUUUAGAUGCUCCUGACACCGUAUCAUGUUUGAUAUCGACGUUCCCACCAAAAUGGGAAGGAAAGUUUGAAGGUUUACAACAGAUUGUGAUGGUUGGAUUACGUUCGUCAACUUCAUGGGAACCAAGUUUGAAGUUUCUUGACAAGUUAAUUACAUUAAAAGACAGUGAAAUUAUUGGCAAAGGCGAUUCCCGAAUUCUAAUGUCAGUAUUGGCAAACUUCCCCAGGUUCUUGCACGCAUUAGACCAGAAACUGAUCCCACUGGAAGUUGAAAACACAGCAAUUGCUAUUAGUAAAUUGGCUGAUCAAGCAGGCAAGGUGUCUCUUUCUAAGAUAUUGGUUAGUUUACUGAAGAAUAGAUUCCUAUCAAAGAAGGAUUUCUUGGUACAGACAGUUUCUACAAUUAAAAACUCGUUUUUCCCCGAGUAUGAGGCCCAAGCUUUAGUUAUGUUGUUGGGAAUGUUAUCAAAUAAGAUUGCGUGGGUUAAAUUAGAGACCAUGAGUAUAUUGAAGCAUGUUUUUCCGUUGGUUGAUUUGCAACGUGAUGAAUUUGUUGGUGUUGGUGCUGAUUUGAUUUCACCAUUGUUGAGGUUAUUGUUGACCGAUUUUGCAGAACCAGCAUUGGAAGUAUUAGAUGAAGCGGUGAUUAUUCUGGGAUCCCAAUUAGAUCGUGAUGUAUUAAGAAUGAGUUUGGGUAACACCUCAAUGAAGAAAGAAUAUGAAAAUACAGCUACACUAUUCGGUAUACCUGAUGAUAGUGGUUGGUCAAUUCCCAUGCCAGCGGUCACUGCAGCUAGUACAAGAAACAAUGUCCAUGCAGUGUUUUCAACAUGCGGCGGUCUGGGCACCACAGUUGUUGACGACGAAGAUGAAGAAACAUUGGCCAAAAGCGAAGAAACAAUUCAGUUUCAUAUGGAAGAUUACUAUUCACAUAUGACACAAAAUGUUGCUGGAGGUGGUGUUGAUUUUGGAGAUGCAGUAUCUGUUUCGGUCGCAGAUGAGCCCGAGGCAUCAUUAAGUAAUGUCUGGGCUGCAUUGGAUGAUUUUGAUUCAUUUUUUACAAAGGACAAUCAAGAACCAAAUGGCCACCAUCAUCAUGUUCCUGCUCAUACUAUGUUAGCACAUACACAUGCCCAAACCGCAAGCCAUCAUUUACACUCUGCGUCGGUUGAUACCAAUUCCAGUGACUUUCUGUUACCAAUGGACUCUCCACCCAACGUUUAUGAUAAGAAGGUAUCAUUAAUUCUUAACCGAAGCCUUGCGAGAACACAAUCUACCACAUCUUUCAAAACAACUUUGGCUGAUUCAAUUGGAUCCAACGUCGCCAAUACCCCACAAUCGAUUAUAGGAAAGAGAUCAUACAUUCCGUUCAGAAGUAAUCGUAACACACCAAAGACCUUUACUACUCCAGUGAUAGGCAUUCCUCCGAACUUCCCACAGACCCCACUGGAUUUCCAAACACCAACUAUCCUGUCUAACCAAGCCAUAUUUACAGGAUUAAGCGCCGCUAAUGCCAACAGCGAAGCUAACAUGAACAUGAACAUGAACAUGAACAUGAACACGAACACGAACACCAGCGCGACUACUAUGGAGAAUGGCAUGUUUGAAGGAUUGCUUGGUGGAAAGAAACGAUCACGGAGAGCAAUCAGCAAGGAAAACUCAAAUACGUCGAUAAAUAAUAACCCAAUUGCUGCACCAGCAAGCUCACCCGAGAUGAAACGGAAUUAUAAGAAUGCAACUGGGACAGUACCUAGAAGUAGUCCUACAAAUGGAGGUGAUACACCCAAGGAUAGACGUAGAGUAUCACAGAAGUUUAGAUAG